AUGCGGCAGCCAUCUUACGAUUCCAUGUGGGAGAGAUGCUCGGGACUGGUGGCAGUGAUUGGUGGCAAGGAACAUUCGCCAAGCAGUUCAAGCAGCGGCGCAUCACCGCACCACGGCGGCGGCCCCGGCGGCGGGGGCCCGGGCGGCGGCGGCGGGGGCCUGAACAGCAGCCACGACCCGCACUCGGACGAGGACACGCCGACCUCGGACGACCUGGAGCAGUUCGCCAAGCAGUUCAAGCAGCGGCGCAUCAAGCUGGGCUUCACGCAGGCCGACGUGGGCCUGGCGCUGGGCACCCUCUACGGCAACGUCUUCUCGCAGACCACCAUCUGCCGCUUCGAGGCCCUGCAGCUCAGCUUCAAGAACAUGUGCAAGUUGAAGCCUUUGUUGAACAAGUGGCUCGAGGAGGCGGACUCGUCGUCGGGCAGCCCCACCAGCAUAGACAAGAUCGCGGCGCAAGGGCGCAAGCGGAAAAAGCGCAUCGAGGUGAGUGUCAAGGGGGCCCUGGAGAGCCACUUCCUCAAGUGCCCCAAGCCCUCCGCCCAGGAGAUUACGAACCUCGCGGACAGCCUGCAGCUGGAGAAGGAGGUGGUCAGGGUUUGGUUUUGCAACCGGCGGCAGAAGGAGAAGCGGAUGACCCCCCCGGGGAUCCAGCAGCAGACGCCCGACGACGUCUACUCCCAGGUCGGCAACGUCAACGCCGACACGCCGCCCCCCCACCACGGACUCCAGGCCAGCGUGCAGUGA